AUUAAUUAAUUAAGAUCAGUUGCUUGGGUAAAGACAGAAUGAGUAUCGUUCUCAUUCUAAAAUCUUAAUUCUGAUUAGAUUCAAUUUGUGAAUUUUACCCUAAAUCAAAAACCUUUUAUUUUUUGGGUUCUUAUUUAUUUCCAACAUUUCUGGCUGUGUGUCUUAUAUUUUUAUCAAGUAAAAAGUAAAGUAAUUUAAUCCUCUGAGUCAAUCAUAUCCCCAAGAUAUAUUUUUUGUAUGGAAUUAAAACUUGAUGAAGUAGAUACCUUCUAAUUUAAUCUUUGGGUAAUUUUUUUUUUACAGAGCACCAUCUACUGGUCAUCAGUUGACACGUUUUAAUUAAGCAAAGUAAGAGUUACUAGAAGAUUUCCAGAUUAUGUUUAUAUAGUAAGUUUGUCGUUAAAAUGGUCACCUACAAUUAUUUACAAUAAUUAUCAAAAGCCAAAUUGUAAUACAUCAACGGUAGACCGUUAAAAUUUCAUAUAACUAAUACUUUCCAGAAUAAUUUAAAAAUGUUCAAUAAUAUGCAUAAAUAAUGAAUGUAAUACCUUAAAGUUUGGACAUAUUUAUUAAAAGCAUUAUUAAAUCAUUCCAUUCCCGUGAAACACCAUGCGAUUUAGUUUUUCAGAAUUACUGGUCAAACUCGGUCUAAUUUAAAUGAACAGUUUCGAUGUUGCGGUUUAUUUGACGAGCUACAUAGUCAAUUUAAGUCACUUUUAGCAUUGCACUAAAAACCCUAAUUAUAACAGUGUGCAUACUGUUUUCGACAUUUUUUGGCAACUUCCAGUAUUUCUUGCAGCAAAUUUAGCUAACCUAUGAUUUAAUAAUAUCCGGAAAUCAUGGAGGAUUUUCCUCACAUUCAAUAUUUCCCGAUUUAGAUUGAGGUCACGACGAGUCCUCGCGACGCAAACUGCGAUCCACAUGUCUGUUUUUCUGUAAGCCCUUUGUCCUAUUCUCCAGUGGACACGCGAACGCACCACACAGUCAACAAACAUGGCGCCGGCCAAAAAGCGCAACGUGAGUUCUAAAGCGAAUGUAAAAAAGAUCAAAAUCGACUUGGAAGGUAUUGUUGAGCGUAUACUUAAAAGUAGAAAACAUGCCAACGAUGUUUUUGACAUUCUGGAGUUUCUUCAGUCAGAAAAAGAGAAAGACAUUACCUGCGCUGUUGAUGCCUGCUGCAAGCUGUUCUGUACAUUUUUGAAGAGAAAGGAUCUAUUUAUUGGAAAGCUCCCUGGUGAGGAUGAGGCGAUAAAGGGUGAGCACAGCCCAGAUGAGAAGUACAAGAUUUUUAUGCGUCAUCGUUACAACAACUGUGUGGAGAUCCUGCUUGAGCAUCUCAACCAUGAAACACAUGGUGUUAAGGAAAGUGCGCUGUGCUGCCUGAUGAAAUUUGCUGCUGGACAAGGACUGCAUCCUCUGGAAGACCUGGACUGGAGUGAACACUUCAGCUUCCCAAGAGAACUGAUCCAAGCCGUGGUGCACAACAUUCUCUCUCAGAGCUCGGACAACUCCCUACUGAUCUCCAGGUUCCAGGAGUUCCUUGAGAUGGAAGACGUACGUUACUACGUCAUGAGCUCCAUCCGUGACAACGUGGCCACAGUCAUGGACAAAAGCAAAGGGGUUGUCUUGCCUGUAUAUCAGUCCAACGUGUUCACUCUCAUGUUGAACAUCAACAUGCCGAGCCAGGACUCUGAGCUUACCAACUUUAUGGUCAAACAAGAAGCCAAGCAUGAGGAUUGGAAGGCUGCAAAGCUGCAUGAUCACAAACGUGCCUUUGAGAGAAUGUGGCUGGGCUUUCUUAAGUAUAAGCUGCCCAACAGCAUGUAUAAAAAGGUUUUAGUGAUCCUUCAUGACUCCAUCUUGCCUCACAUGAGCAAACCCACACUGAUGAUUGACUUUUUGACAGCUGCCUAUGAUGUUGGUGGGGCGAUCAGUCUGCUGGCCCUAAACGGUUUAUUUGUCCUCAUCCAUCAACACAAUCUAGAUUAUCCUGAUUUCUAUAAAAAGUUGUAUAAUCUUCUCGAGCCAUCUGUUUUCCAUGUGAAGUACAGGGCGCGCUUCUUUCACCUGGCUAAUCUUUUCCUCAGCUCCAGUCACCUGCCAGUCUACCUGGUGGCUGCGUUCGCCAAACGCCUGGCUCGUCUGGCCCUUACAGCUCCGCCCACAGCUCUUCUUAUAGUGCUGCCUUUCAUCUAUAACCUAAUCCGGCGCCAUCCAUCCUGCAGAGUUCUGAUUCACAAGCCCAGCUCAGAAGAUGAGCUUCUUGAAGAUCCGUAUGUGAUGAAAGAAGUGGAUCCAGCUCUUUGUCAUGCCUUAGAGAGCAGCUUGUGGGAAAUUAAGACACUGCAGAAGCAUUAUCAUCCAGAUGUGGCCAAAGCUGCAAUGUUGAUCAACACACCUCUGUCAGAACAAGAAGAUGACAUCAGUGAGGUGCUGGAGAUAACCUCCUAUGAGUUGAUGGAGCGAGACUUGAAGCCGACUGAAAGCAAGAGUUUCCCACUGGAGUUUGAAACAGCUGCACAUUUACUAGAACGAAGAGGAGAAGUGUUGGGACAACACUUUUGUCUGGCUUAAAGGAUUAUUAAAAUAUGCCAUUCCCUGUGUGCUGUCUAGUUCUUAAAGCUGGUAAUAUGUCUUGGAUCAAUGUCUGAAGAGGUUUGGAGCCAUGCAGGAGAAUAGGCAGACUUCAUUUACAAAACUGCAAUUAUAAAUAUAGUUUUUAUUUUUAUUUUAUAAAAGAUUAGAGGAACAGAAAUGUAUUUUUCUUUCAACUUGUACUGAUGCUUUUCUGCCUACCCAUCCACUGUUUGUUUUGGGUUCAAUAAAUAUUGAACUGCAGCACAUCGA